AUGCUACCUCACAAGCCUUCAGAUGAUAAUCAACCUAAACCUGUCUCAAUGAGAGGCGGUAAGACUAAACGACGUCGUUCAACUCUCCGAGCAGAACCACCGGUCACAAGACGUACCACCCGUUCUAGAUCUGACGAAGAUGAUUCAAUCACUAUAUCUCUAGACGACGUUGCCACCGAGAAGAAAGAUGUCAAAGAUGAAAUCACUAGAUUGAGCUUAUCAUUGAGAGAAAUCCAAGGAGACGGUAAUUGUCUCUUUCGCGCCCUCGCGGAUCAACUUUGGGGUGAUCAGCGACGUCAUCCAGAAGUCAGGAAAUUGGUUUGUGAUUAUCUUCAAGUUCAUGAAGAUGAUAUGUCACCUUUUGUCGUUUUACCAGGAGGAACGUCAAAGAUUGUCACAUACCAAGAUUAUGUCAAGAAUAUGCGUACGAGUAGAACAUAUGGUAGUCAACCGGAGAUCGUCGCUGCUACUAGAGUGUUUAGACGUAGUGUCAGAGUGAUUUUAUCGAAUUCUUCAAUGACUAUGCCAUACGAAGAGGAAGAAGAUGAUACUCCUGAAGAAGAUACAAACCCUAGACGUCGGACUAGAUCAGGUACAACACAUCUCCUUUCGAACCCUCCUGCACUCCCAUUAUCCUCACCAAGUUACGCCAGCGCUUUGACACAGUACAUACCUACUGUUCGACCAGGUCGUACGAUGUUAUGGUUAGCAUUAUUCUCUAAAGGGGAACAUUAUCAGUCUAUACGUCGUAAAGGUGAUAGUGAACGAGGUCCCUCGGAGAUUGAAGAUCGUCUUGCGGUACCUCAUGCCAAAGAUGCCUCUGAAGCUGCUCGAAGGGAAAGAGCGGAGUUGAUAAAGACUGGCAGGAUCACACUUGAUGGAAGUGUUCUGGAGAGGAAGGUUGAGAAAGGUGUGGAGGGUAACAUGGGAGAAAUCUGUCGUGUUGACCGAUCUCAGGAUAUGAAUAUCGUUGACGACUCGACUGAUGGAUCAAAUACGGUAGAUGAUUCCUCUCAGGUCACAGGAUCACAAGCAAUACGGAAUAUCCAAACCGCCUCACAAGCUUUCAACGACGCCAUGGAACAAUCACACCCUACGGUAGAACUUGGUCCUAAAAUCACUCUCAAUAUCAAACCUCGAACACCUCCCAUCCCACCUGAUAGUCUCAAUCGACGACGAGCCAGACCCGAAGAAUACACAGAGGAAGAUAUCGUUGUUAAACGGAGAAGAGUCAUCAUCCCUACACAUCUUGAUCCCCCUAUCAGUCCUCGAUCGAGGGUUUCACAUCCGAUCUCCGUUGUGAGACCCUUGGAAGCGUCUUUGGUGUCAAUGAUAUGA